UGCAGCCUGGCCACAGAGGAAUUCACCAUGGCUGAGUUCGGGGAUCUUUUGCGUGUUCUGGGGCAGUGUGGGCGCUACCAGAAACUGCUGGUCCUGCUCGUCUCCCUCCCACUGCUUCUCAAUCCUUUCCAAAUGGUUGGCCAAGUGUUCAUGGUUGUGGAGGUGCCCCACCACUGUGACACCAGCUGGAUCCGUGCUGUCGGCCCCAACCUGACGGAGGAAGAGCAGCUGAACCUCACCCUGCCCCGGGGCGCGGACGGGCAGCUCGAGCAGUGCUCCAUGUACUCCCCAGUGGACUGGGACCUCGAUUCCAUCCUGGCCUAUGGGCUGAAUGACACACAGAAGUGCAGCAAUGGCUGGGUGUACCCCUCAGGACAGCCACCAUCCCUGCUGACUGAGUUUGACCUGGUGUGUGACAGGGCUGUCCUGAAUGACGUCUCCCAGUCCAUCUACAUGGCUGGGCUUCUCGUAGGAGCCACGUUCUUUGGGAUGCUAAGUGACAGGAUAGGCAGACGGCCAGUCUUUCUCAUCUGCAUGCUCCUCCAGGCUGUGUUUGGCCUGGCAACUGCCUUUGUGCCCCAUUUCUAUGUGUUCAUAGCCUUCAGGUUUGUCGUGGGAGCUGCGGUGUCAGGAAUCAUGAUCACAGUCGUAUCCCUGGUCACAGAAUGGGUCGGUGUGUCCUACCGGCCCAAGGCAGUGCUGAUUGCUCACACGGCUUUCGCCAUCGGGCAGAUGUCGGUGGCUGGUCUGAGUUAUGGGAUCCGCAACUGGAGGCUGCUGGAGAUUGCAGGAUCUGCUCCUAUGUUUGCCCUUUUCUUCUACAUCUGGGUGCUCCCAGAGUCAGCUCGCUGGCUGGUGACCAAAGGCAGAGUGGAGGAAGCCAAGAAGCUCCUGCAGAAGGCGGCAGCCACCAACAAGCGCAGCCUCCCUCCAGAGCUCCUGGAGCAGUUGAAGCCUGAGAAAGAGGUCAAGUCUGCAAGUUUGCUGGAUCUCUUUCGGAAGAAGAACCAGCGGAAGGUGACUUUAAUCAUGUCAUGUGUCUGGUUUGCAGACAGCAUUGUCUACUAUGGGCUGAGCCUCAGCGUGACCGAUUUUGGUCUGAACAUCUACCUGACACAGCUGGCCUUUGGGGCAGUAGAGUUUCCAGCUCGGAUUUCCUGCAUUUUCCUGCUGGAGUGGUUUGGAAGGAAGAAAGUGCAGGGCACUCUCCUGCUGCUGUCUGGCCUGUUAUGUCUCAUCCUCACUGGCAUCCCUGAAGAGCAGCCCCUGGCAAUCACUGUCCUGGCUGUCAUUGGCAAGUUCACAUCCACGGCUGCUUUCUCCACCUCCUACGUUUACGCUGCUGAGCUCUUCCCCACCACUGUCAGGCAGACGGGCGUGGGGCUGUGCUCCACCAUGGCGAGGGUGGCCGGGAUCCUGGCCCCGCUGAUCAUCCCCCUGGAUCAGUACCACCGGGCCAUCCCCAUGGCCAUCUUUGGCAGCAUCCCUGUGCUGGUGGCCCUGUCCUGCAUCCUGCUGCCCGAGACACGCGGCGUUGAGCUGCCAGAUGACACAGGGAAUGACCAACUCCCCCCUGAGCAGCAAAAAACUGAAGAAUUCUAAUGAGACACCAGAGAUGAUGACAGAGGCUUGGAGAAGGAUGUCUGCAGAUGCUCAGAGAGCAAGUGGUGAUAGGACAGACAUCUACUGACACUCUAGUCUGAUUCCAUAAUUCUUGAAGCAGACCAGGGAGGCCUGGCUGCCUGCAAACUGGUCUUUCAGAUGAUGAACACAGUAUCCAUGGUCACAGGGAGAGGAGAUGUGUGUCUCUCUGCCUUUGGAACAGAUGCACUUCCAAGUGUCCCUGAAACCCAGUUUGGCCAUGCCUGGCUGGCCUCCCAGCGUGUUCCCCAGUCCUUUGCAAGCUGGUACCCGUGGAACCAUCCCUGUUGUGUUUUACAGCAAUAAAGAAUCACCAGUAGAGUGGCUGUACUGGGCAAAAGCGGGCACUGGGUUUGUCCCUCUGCACUAAAUCCCUUGGGUCGUCGGGCUGCGCCUCAGCCCAAGCCUCGACGUUUGAUCAGGAUGUCACUGCACCCCUGUCACACACCUAUUUAGCUUUUCUUUCCAUGUGCUGUUGAAGUUGAGUUUCUACAUGAAUAAUAUAAAUUAUGCUCUGAGUUUGAUAAGAGACACUUGUAAUGCAAUAUGUGAAUAAUAAAUGGUGUUGACUUUUUUUUUC